CCAAAAUCCAGCAAAACCAGAACAGACAACGGAAAACGAUUCACCAAGGCCAACCUGAUAGCGGCAGAAGUGCACAUCCCAGCUAGCCUACAAGAUCGCCAUCCAGAGUGUGCUAUGAUGACCAGAAUCCAAAGAAACGAAAGCAAAACAAGAAUUAGCACAGCCAAAGAAGGUGCGCGCGCUCAGCAUCAAGUCACCUCCACGAUCACCGCCUCAGUAGGCUUCAUUACAUCGCGGACCAGCGGCCAGCUUGGAUCGCUAUUUUUUGUUGCUACUACUCUACUCUGCGUUACUCUCGUCCAGGUGUGACUGCCUACCUAGUACAAUCACGAUCGCGCGCGACUUAAGUGAAUCAGUGUUCUACGCGUGAGGCGUAAGGCCAAGUUCAAGUUAAGCUGCUGCUGUUGGUGGACGCGGGCGAAAGGUUGAGCACAAUCAACAACUGGAUUUUCAAGUUCACACGCGAGCUGCAGUACAGUAUGUAAAGGUCGUGAACACCCAGGCCUCAGCUGGAAAAGGAAAGAAAACAAUAACAGUUUAAGUGUACGCGAAUCUUCCGUGACCGCGGACCAGUUGACAAAGUGCAGUGACUGGAGAAGAACGUUUCAAGAAGAGCCAGAAGAGAUGUCGAUCAAGCGUAACGAGCAGGAUGUUCCGUACAUCGAAUUGGGUGAAGAGUUCAAGAUCUACGUGCAAGCAGAUGAGUACACCGACCCGAAGCUGUUGGCCAAAGCCGCGGCAGAGAUCAACGAAACACCGGAAAGGGUCCAAGAAGCGCUGGCAGAACUUCGAGAACUCCUGAAACAGGAACCGGAUCUUCACAUCCCACAUGAAGACGACAAAUUUCUGCGGAAAUUUUUGCGUGCCUGCAAGUACGAUGUCCAGAAAACGUACCAGAUGAUUCAGUUUGCCUACCGGAUGAAGAUCAACGGAAAGGAGUACUACGAAAAUACCCCAAAUCCGUCCUCGAUCAGACACGUGUUCGACGAAGGAAUGAUCUGGUACAUGCCGGAAAGGGACGCCGACGGGGCGGCAGUGUGCGUCGUUGAGGUUGGAAAGAAGUGGAACACAUCAAAGGUAUCGAUAAUCGAGCUGAUCGCCGCCAUCCGGUUUUCGGUGGAGGCCGCCCUGCUCGAUCCGGAGACCCAGCUGCACGGCAUGAAGGUCAUCUUCGACACCGAGGGCCUCUCGAUGGCGCAGAUCGCCCAGAACACGCCAAAGCACGCCUGCAUGAUCCUGGACUGGGCCCAGAAGGCGUGCCCGUUCCGGUUGCGGGGCGUCCACGUGGUCAACAACUCGAUGCUGUUCAACAUUCUGUUUGCCAUUUUUAAGCCGUUUAUCUCGAAGGAGCUGCGCGAUGUGAUCUUCUUCCACAACAAAGACUGGAAAUCGCUGGCCAAUCAUGUCAACCCCAGCUGCUUACGGCCCAAGUACGGUGGAUCACUCGCGGCGCCAGAGUACGAAGGUCGUCUGCUGGGAGAUUUUCUGCAACUUUACGACAAAUAUUUCGACACUCUCGACGGUUACGGCUACGCAGAGGGCAGCCAAAAGCGCAAAUCCAAGUGAGCUGUGUGCUGUGAACAACCCCCCUCCCAGAGAUCACUAACUUCUUAGCGACGACCUGCUGCUGCUGACCUUAUACCGGCUUGAUGAUUUGUAGACCUGUGCGUGUGCGCCUACUUUGUCAAGCUUGAUCAACCGUACAAACGCCCCGAAUUGUGCUCUAUUCUUGCUUUGACGCAAGCGAAAAGUGUGGAAAUUUUGUUUAUUUAUUAAUAAUUUGCCAACCUGUGCAAAACGAUGACGUUGUUUAGAUGGGAAAAAAGAAUAAAGAAGCAACAAAAAAACUAGUUUCUGACUCAA